CCAGCAUCCUCUAGGACGUAUGAGAAAUAAUAUAAUAGUCAUUGUAACAUAUGAAAUUAAACCCUAAACAAUUUCAUGAUAAAUAAAAAAAGCACACAUUUAACUAUAUAGAAAUGUAAAUGUAUAUGUGACACAGCAACUCCAUACCUGUAGGACCAUUAGGCAUACACAAAGUCCCACCUAAAAAACAAAGAAUGUGUAGUUCAACACAUCUCAGCAACUUAGCAUCUAAACAGGAGGAUGGCAAUGAAAAAAGGUGAGACAAAAAGUAAAAAAGAAAAACCAUCAGUUUGUUGACCAUUCGCGUGAAGGAGAAGGAGUACGAGCUGUACUGGGAAGUUUGAUGGGUAUGUUCCAUUUCCGCAAGAAGUUUUACCCCAGUUUCCAGGCUGUCGGUAACACAGGACGAACCGGCAUGGCUAACAAUUAACUUGUCCGGAAAUCCUCACCGAUAUUGAAUUUCCUGAGAUCGAAGAGCUGAAGUGAUUGGGGCCAAGAGUCUAUGUUUAGAUAUAGUGGGGUAUAUUUACUAAUAUUCGUGUUUGAGUCGGUUUGUGUAGUGUUUAAACUCGUUUUGUAUCAGGUGCAUUUUCAUGCAACUUUUUGAAACUAUGGCCCUCAUUCCGAGUUGUUCGCUCGCAAGCGGAUUUUAGCAGAUUUGCUCAUGCUAAGCCGCCGCCUACUGGGAGUGAAUCUUAGCAUCUUAAAAUUGCGAACGAUGUAUUCGCAAUAUUGCGAUUACACACCUCGUAGCAGUUUCUGAGUAGCUCCAGACUUACUCGGCAUCUGCGAUCAUUUCAGUGCUUGUCGUUCCUGGUUUGACGUCACAAACACACCCAGCGUUCGCCCAGACACUCCUCCGUUUCUCCGGCCAUUCCUGCGUUUUUUCCGGAAACGGUAGCGUUUUUUCCCACACGCCCAUAAAACGGCCUGUUUCCGCCCAGUAACACCCAUUUCCUGUCAAUCACAUUACGAUCGCCAGAACGAUGAAAAAGCCGUGAGUAAAAUUCCUAACUGCAUAGCAAAUUUACUUGGCGCAGUCGCAGUGCGGACAUUGCGCAUGCGCAUUAAGCGGAAAAUCGCUGCGAUGCGAAGAUUUUUACCGAGCGAACAACUCGGAAUGAGGGCCUAUAUACGCAAAGUUACGAAGCAGUCGACUUUAUGGUUUUCGUGUUUUCCGAUGUCGAUGCCAGUCGAUUUUUUUUUUUUUUUUUUUUUUUUGGACCAUUCUCGGGCGUCAUUGUCAUUUGCGUACGUCUUUUGGUUGUUUUUUCCGGUAUUAUUUCUAAGUUAAACGCGGCAGGGUUUUUUUAAGACAUCGGCCGCAUUUUCACUUUUAGUUUCGUUUUUCAUCCCCGUUCAUGAUUGGUUGUGUUUCAGAUGUAGGAAUGUCUGUGCGCAACCAUAUAAAUACGCCCUAAACCGUCCGCACCUCGUGGGUUUAGUUAGUGGUGAGGAGGAGGGAGGUUGUGCUGUGGAGGUAGGUGAAUUUGUGGUUUGGUGAGGAGUGUUGGUAGCGAUUUCUGAGUGUGGUAUUGUGUUUGAAAGUCGUCUUGUCAUUCUUGUAGUCUUGUUUUUUGUGGUUUUGUCUCAUUUUUUUGUCCAAGUUAUUUUUCUUUAUAGUCCCUUGUCAGUGUUUGUGUAUGGGUGUGUGUGUGUGAGUUGUGUAGUGGUAGUGGAGGAGUGUGUUGUUUGUCUAUUUUUUUUUUCUGUGUUAAGUGUUUAGACACACAAUUAUGUGUGACUCAGAGGUGGGUGAGGUGGAGGGUGUGAGUGUGGGGGAGGAGGUCGGUCAGGUGGAGGAGGUGGGUGAGGUUGCUGCAGCAGCCUCAAGUGAUAGUGACAGACAGCUACGCAGCCACGCACCACUACUAAGACUGGGCGGAAUGUAAAGUUUAGUUUUGCUGAAAAUGUUGCAUUGGUGCGUGAGCUGAUGAAGUCUCAGCGGCAGCUAUUUGGGCCUGAGUCCGCCAAGGUGCCAACACGGAGGAAGACGGUGUUGUGGGCGAAAGUUGUUGCUGCUGUCAAUAGUGGGGGGGGGGGGGUCAAGCGGAUGGAGGACACGUGCCGCAAACGGUACUAUGACAUAAAGCGACGUGUCAAAAUGGCCAGGGAGGCGAAGUCGGCUCGAAAAACCGGUGGUGGCCAGCCCUAUAUUGCAAGAUAUCUGGAGUAUGAGGAACCCAUGCGGAGUGUAAUACCUCCUGAAGUAGUCUCUGCAACCCAUGUCCGGGAUUCAGAUAAGCCCAGGAAGAAUGUGUUUGAAAAAAGCAGUGCUACUCGUCCUCCAGUAACUCCCAGCACAUCUGAUGAUGAUGAUGAUGAUGACGCUGCGGAAGCAGGUCCAUCAAAAGAAGUCUGGAGCAGCAGAAGUGGGACUUCUGUAAGACAUCACCACAAAAAACCUGUGGCAGCAAAGAAAGCAAGGUCUGAUGUCCAGGGCCAACCACAGCAGGCUACCCCGCCACGAAGAUUAUCGACAGUAUGUUCGGUCCCCCCACUCCAAAUUUUGGACACACCUCCAAGACGUCAUCCACAGUCCCCUCAUCUUGAUUCUUCUAGUCCUGGUAACAGCAUCCCUCCGCAACAGCAGCAACACAGUGACAUGGAGGAGACAAUCAUCUUAGAAAUGCAGCCAUUAAGCCAAGGAAUCAGCCCCCCAGCACCUGGGACGCUGGAGUUCAAGACCAAGGGGACGUCCCAGAGCUUCCCAAACGGGCGGGAGAGCGCUGAGAAUUCUGGAAAACUGCACAGUCAAGCCAUGACUCAAGGCCACAACCAAGAGAAAUGUGGGACGUGACAAAAGGAUGUUGGGCAACCUAAGAUGCAGUAUGACCCAGAGGCUACCAAUACAGAGACCCACCAAGACAACUGUGAUACAUAUAUCGCAUGAGAUACAUAUAGUGUACGAACAGCCCCGUCAGCGAACCAGAUAGCGUUUCAAGUCUGGCCAGGUAGUUAUCAAAACCAAGGUAGGGCCAUCCUGGUUACGCAAAAAAUAAAUCCACAGUCGGGCCCUGAAAGACAUAGAGAUUGCAGAGGCUAGCCAGACAGAUUGCAACUCUGUAAUAUCAAUCGAGAUCCGAAGGACUAAGGCGGAAUAUUGAAGGCCAGCAAUGCCCUGAGCAAACAGCUGAAUAUCCAGUAAGAUGCACCAUAGAUAAGCUCUAGCAACAAACAAGUCUUUACCUUAAAGAAAUGCAUUCAGAGACCUGCUGUGCACCUCAGGCAUCAUAUGCCAUCUGAUAGGAUAGGAAUGUAUGCGGCCACAGAUACGGCAGCGUAUGUUGCGUAAAAGGAGAGAUCCAACGUGUUGAGCCACCAGAGAUCCCCACAUUCCAUCACCAUACCUUGAACAGACAAUCUGUCAAAUGUAGUUGCCAGAUCAAAGCCCGAAUGUAGAGGCAACAUACAAGGGUCGCCCGCUAGAAGGACCAGCAGAUCUGGAGAACGAGACCUGCAAGGCUAGACAAAAAGCUAACUGGCAAACCCACGGAGCAGACCAGGUCUCCCUUGUUGUCGCCCCCACUAGAGCAGAUUUUUUAAAAAUGACCGUAGAAGGUUUUGUAUAGAAAACCUCCUCCCACGUAAGGUAAGCUUUGUCCGCUGCAAGGACUGUGGUCGAUAAGAAGUCCUGUGGAUAAAAGGCCGAAGGUGGUAUAGCACAAUAUGUGGACACUUUACUGUUAUGUAUGCUACAGUAGAAGAGGAGAGCAUAAUCCGUGUAUUCGUACUCCUAAGAGUAUGCAACAGUAGGGGAGUAGUCUGACCGGACUUAAGUAACCCACUCUCAAAGGGAGAAGUGAAGAGACCCAACGCCGUUCAAGUGUCCCGGGGUCCAGGACAUCGAUGGGCAGUGCAGAAUUCUAAGGGAACACCUGCACAAGUCCGGAGAGAUAAAUCGGGUUGUACAACCAGAAACCUGGGAAAAAUCCGCAACUGAGGACCUUUGACUGCUUGUAGGGGAGAAAACAAAAAACAGUCCCUAUGAAAAGGAGACCCCAUAGGUAAACGGAAAAGGCUCUACGGGAAGUUCUAUUGAAGGCCUACCAACACUCCCGGAAGUAGAGAACACUGACUGAGCCAAGGACCCAGUAAGAGAAACCCUUACUCUCAAGUAGAGUCUCUAAGUACUGAGACUUGAGGGAAGCAUCCCUCAUAUAUAAUGGUGUGUAAACAGAAGCAAUAAACAAAUCUCUCUCCAGAAUAUGCCUAGUUAAAAAAAUUUGAUAAAUAAAAUAAGAAUAAAAUAUAUAUCUCUGGAGCUCCAGAGGAAGUGACCGGCUCUACUGGGCACAUUUCUAAAACUGGUCUGGGGAGGGGUAUAGAGGGGGAGGAGGCAGUCACACACAUUAAAAAUUUAAAGUGCUGGCUCGCCUGAUCAUCCCAUCUAUACCCUAUAGUAUUGAACUCCAGCGUCCCCUAUGGAUGAUAGAGAAAAGCAAUUGACAAACAGAUGCGUUAAUACCAAUGUUCAAAUAUCAGUGACGUGCGGUGUGGUGAGGCAGAGCCUUUCCUGUCAUACUAACGUUUGUGCCCGAGUUUUGACUGUAUAAAGUAUAUGAAAAAUACAAGGAAUUUGUUUGAAAUAUCUUCUUUGCAUUAUUCAAAUAAUUUUUAUAGCUUAAACUCUUGAGUAAAAAGUCCAUGGCAGGUGAGGCACCUAUCUUUUCCGCACAUCUCUGAACAAAACUCAGCAAAUUUCCUGGAGUUUAUACUACUGCACCUGUGUAUGAUAGCCAGAUGUACCCUUUAGCUCAUAUAUUGCAUGUAAAUCUGGCUCUGGUUCUAGUCAGUGCCUCCUGAGCUAUUUAGCUUACCGCACGUCCCUGCAGGAAUAUACACAGUUGAGUCACAUUGUUAUGACCACCUCCUACAUUUGACGUCGGCAGCGCACAGCCCAUGAAGACAUCACGCAUUGUGUGCUGGCUUGGUGGGUAUGUAAGGUGUGUGAUAGGCCGUCUGCACACUUAUCAUUCAUUGCUGUCAUGGGUAAAAGGGGCAAUUUAUCAGAGUUGCAAAAAGGGAUGAUUAUCGGCUUUCAGGCCAAGGGUGGCAGUAUUUCUGAAACAGCGCAGUUUGUGAACGGUUUGCGUGGUGAAGGUAUGUCGUGACUUGACAAAUGGCUCCAUUGUGAAUAACCAACGUGGAAACUGAGGAGCACCACGUGCCAUCGAUGUGAGAGGUGAACAUCGGCUAUGAAGGUGUCUACCUCAUAACAAAAUUGCCAUCAUAAAUGCAAUCCAAUAUCCAUUUUCAUCACCACGAAAGGUGUUGACCAGUUAUGUUCAUCCGCAUAGUCAUGAUCUCCCCUGCCAUAUCAGAGUAUGCAUGGGAAGAGUGGAUGGAGGCUGGUAAGUAGGUUGAGUUUGAAGAGCAGCAGAUCUCCCAGCUAAUUUAGGGGUAGAUAAAUAUUUGUCCAUAAAAUUUUAAAAUUCCCACAGGUAUAAAUGACGAUAUAGCAGUAUACAAUGAAGGUUGUCAUGAUUAUGAAAUAAAGCAAGAGGUUACACACAAAAAAAAAAAAAACUACAGUAACUACAUUAGUGAGGUACUAAAAAAAACCUAUGCACUAAUGACAUCAAAUAUGUAGUAUCCUUUUAUGCAAUCAGUAGCAAGUCACAGCGGCUACUAAAAUGGCUCACAAAUAGAACUAGAAUGAACAAAUAGAAGAAGUACCCUA